CGUCCUCGGCGCCUGCACUGCUUGGUGUCCGCGGUUAGCGCGGGGAUCCCAGCGUGCGAGGCUGUCUCCCCGACGGCGGCGUCCAUUCUUUCAGGCUCAGUCGGCCCUUAGCCGGCAGGAAACCCCGACCUGCGGCGCUCCCCUGCCUCCCGCCCAGUCCGCGCGGGGUCUCCGACCAGCCCUGCCGACGAGUCAUGGACGCCCGCCGGCGCCGAGCCCGCGCGCAGGGGCUUUCUCAGACCCGGGCGCCGUUUCCGCUACUGUUGCUGCUGCUGCUGCUGCCGCCAGGUGGAGAAACUGAGGCCAGAGAGGGCUAAAGACUUGCCCAAGGCCAGUAUGGGUAAAGGGGGCCGUUUCGGGACUGGGGCGGGAGUGUGUCUUUCCUCCUCGUUCUCGGCUCUCCGUGUUUCUUACCCUCGCGGGGCGCACUCCCUGCCUCCCAACCUUGACUUUAGAGGAACCCGUUAAGCACUCGGGGGAGAACCCGGGCCUGGCCCACCGCCAGAAGGCUCUUUGGGAGGCCUGCCUGUGGUUGAACUGAUACCGAGGAGCGGGGUCUUGGCGUGACCGCGAGGGCUCGUCUGCGGGCCCAAAAACGGGUGGUCGGUUUUGAGAACGCUUUGGGGGUGCUUUCAGGACUCUGUUUCUGCUCCUGCUGCUGAGGCCCUCACUACUCAGAGUGCUUGCAUUCCCUCCCCCUACCCCCCAUCCCCCUAUCCUCCCCAUCCUCGUCCUCCCUUUGGCCCCUCCUUUAACUCUGGGGACAGGGGGGCAGCCAAGAUGCCAUUUCAAGGACUGAAGUUGGGUCCAACUUCCCCAAGGAUUCCUCUCAUCCCUUCCCCAUGGGUGUUCCCAGAUCUGUAAGUGGGAAGCAGCAGACAGCUGACCUAAAUUGCCACAUCUGUGCUGGGGUUUCCAGACAGGUAAGGAUCUUCCAUCAGGAUGUGAAGGCAGCGUCACCUGUGGGUCACAUUCUGAGAUUAUCAGAGCCACGUGGGUGCCUCACUUCUAAACGGCUUGCGGCCACAGCCCUGCAAGGUUCUGGGUAGGGUAAAGGGGAGCCCCAGACCUGAGCUGCAGUCUCUCACCUGGGCGGCCCUGGGUGGUCCUGGCCCUGGAGUAGAGUGGUCAUCUCUCCAUCAUGAAAGCAGUGAGGGCUAGACCCAGUAGACUGUGCUUGCAUCCCACCCCUGCCCUGUAGUAACAGUGACCGUAAGGAUAAAUAAUAGUUCUUGAGCUUUUACCACAUGCCUGGCACUGAGCUAAGCACUUCACUCACAACCCCAGGAGGUGCAAUCAUUUAUAAUCUUUAUUUUUACAGAUACAGAAACUGAGGUUCAGACAGGUUAAGCCACUUGCCUGAACUCACACAGCUCAUGGGGUUUGUCAGGAUUUGAACCAGCUCUUUCCAGCUUCAGAGCCCAGACUUGCAAACACUGUGCCUCUCUCUGUGUGUGACCUGGUGGAAUCCCUGUCCUUGUUGGGCCUCAGUUUCCCCAUCUGUAACUCAAGGAGGCCUGAAAGUCUGGGAUUCCACAGAGUAUCCCCAUGGCCAGUGCCUCUGAAGCUGAGCACCGUUUGUUUGAGCGGCUGUUCGAAGAUUACAAUGAGAUAAUCCGUCCUGUGGCCAAUGUGUCGGACCCGGUCAUCAUCCAGUUUGAAGUGUCCAUGUCUCAGCUGGUGAAGGUGGAUGAAGUAAACCAGAUCAUGGAGACCAACUUGUGGCUGAAGCAAAUCUGGAAUGACUAUAAGCUGAAGUGGAACCCCUCCGACUAUAAUGGGGCAGAGUUCAUGCGUGUCCCUGCACAGAAGAUCUGGAAGCCAGACAUCGUGCUGUAUAACAAUGCUGUUGGGGAUUUCCAGGUGGAUGACAAGACCAAAGCCUUACUCAAGUACACGGGGGAAGUGACUUGGAUACCUCCGGCCAUCUUUAAGAGCUCAUGCAAGAUCGACGUGACCUACUUCCCAUUUGAUUACCAAAACUGCACCAUGAAGUUCGGUUCCUGGUCCUACGACAAGGCAAAAAUCGACCUGGUCCUGAUCGGCAACUCCAUGAACCUCAAGGACUACUGGGAGAGUGGCGAGUGGGCCAUCAUCAAAGCCCCUGGCUACAAACACGACAUCAAGUACAACUGCUGCGAGGAGAUCUACCCAGACAUCACGUACUCACUGUACAUCCGGCGCCUGCCCUUGUUCUACACCAUCAACCUCAUCAUCCCCUGCCUGCUCAUCUCCUUCCUGACCGUGCUCGUCUUCUAUCUGCCCUCUGACUGCGGCGAGAAGGUGACGCUCUGCAUCUCGGUCCUCCUCUCCUUGACUGUGUUUCUCCUGGUGAUCACCGAGACAAUCCCGUCCACCUCUCUGGUAAUACCCCUGAUUGGCGAGUACCUCCUGUUCACCAUGAUUUUUGUAACCUUGUCCAUCGUCAUCACUGUCUUUGUACUCAACGUGCACUACAGAACCCCAACCACGCACACCAUGCCCACGUGGGUCAAGACUGUUUUCUUGAACUUGCUGCCCAGGAUGAUGUUUAUGAUCAGGCCAGCGAGCAACGAAGGAAACGUUCAGAAGUCAAGACCUUUCUACAGUGCUGAGCUCUCCAAUCUGAAUUGCUUCAGCCGUGCAGACUCCAAAGGCUGCAAAGAAGGCUAUCUCUGCCAGGACGGGAUGUGUGGCUCCUGCCACCACCGCAGGAUAAAGAUAUCGAAUUUCAGCGCCAACCUUACGAGAAGCUCCAGUUCUGAAUCUGUCGAUGCUGUGCUGUCCCUCUCUGCUUUGUCUCCAGAAAUCAAAGAAGCUAUUGAAAGCGUCAAGUAUAUUGCUGAAAAUAUGAAAGCACAAAAUGAAGCCAAAGAGAUUCAAGAUGAUUGGAAGUAUGUUGCCAUGGUGAUUGAUCGAAUUUUCCUGUGGGUUUUCAUCCUGGUGUGCAUUUUAGGGACAGCAGGAUUGUUUCUGCAGCCCUUGAUGGUCAGGGAUGACGUGAACAAAAAGGCCAAGCGAUCCAACAAUUGAAACCAGAAGAAAAGUCCACAAAAACAUCCGAUCCAGAACCUGGGCUAUGAAUUUCCAAUCUUCAACAACCUGUUACCAAAAAAACA